GCGCAGAGCCUCGCGCGCCCAUGGCCGGCGCGGAGCAGCAGCGGCCGCGGCGGCGGGAUGACGGAGAAGCGGCGGCGGCGGCGCCCCUGCAGGACGCGGAGCUGGCCCUGGCCGGCAUCAACAUGCUGCUCAACAACGGCUUCAGGGAGUCGGACCAGCUUUUCAAACAAUACAGAAAUCAUAGCCCAUUAAUGAGUUUUGGAGCCAGCUUUGUCAGUUUUUUGAAUGCCAUGAUGACAUUUGAGGAAGAAAAAAUGCAAUUGGCAUGUGAUGACUUGAAAACUACAGAAAAGCUAUGCGAAAGUGAAGAGGCUGGAGUAAUUGAAACAAUCAAGAACAAAAUUAAGAAGAACGUUGAUGUCCGCAAAUCUGCCCCCUCUAUGGUUGAUCGGCUCCAGAGGCAGAUAAUCAUAGCCGACUGUCAAGUUUACUUGGCUGUGCUCUCGUUUGUAAAGCAAGAAUUAUCAGCAUAUAUCAAAGGUGGGUGGAUCCUUAGGAAAGCCUGGAAGAUUUACAAUAAAUGCUAUCUGGACAUCAAUGCCCUCCAAGAGCUGUAUCAGAAGAAGCUAACUGAAGAGCCCUUGACUUCUGAUGCUGCAAAUGAUAAUCACAUUGUGGCUGAAGGGGUGUCUGAGGAGUCCCUAAACAGACUGAAAGGUGCUGUGAGCUUUGGAUAUGGCCUUUUUCACCUUUGCAUAUCCAUGGUGCCCCCAAACCUGCUCAAAAUCAUCAACCUGCUGGGUUUUCCUGGAGACCGCCUACAGGGGCUUUCUUCACUGAUGUAUGCAAGCGAAAGUAAGGACAUGAAGGCCCCUUUAGCUACACUAGCUCUACUCUGGUAUCAUACUGUGGUCCGCCCGUUCUUUGCCUUGGAUGGCAGUGAUAACAAAGCAGGCCUGGAUGAAGCAAAGGAAAUUCUUCUCAGAAAAGAAGCUGCUUAUCCAAAUUCUUCCCUCUUUAUGUUUUUCAAGGGACGCAUACAACGAUUAGAGUGUCAAAUCAACAGUGCCUUGACUUCCUUCCAUACUGCUUUGGAGCUUGCGGUAGAUCAGAGAGAAAUCCAGCACGUCUGUCUGUAUGAAAUAGGUUGGUGCAGCAUGAUAGAGCUGAAUUUCAAGGAUGCAUUUGAUUCCUUUGAGAGGCUAAAAAAUGAGUCCAGGUGGUCCCAGUGCUAUUAUGCCUAUUUAACUGCGGUUUGUCAGGGAGCCACUGGUGAUGUGGAUGGGGCACAGAUUGUCUUUAAAGAAGUUCAGAAACUCUUCAAGAGGAAAAACAAUCAGAUCGAACAGUUCUCAGUGAAAAAGGCGGAGAGGUUUCGGAAACAGCCCCCGACCAUAGGGCUCUGCGUGCUGGCGUCCAUCGAGGUGCUGUACCUGUGGAAAGCCCUUCCCAACUGCUCCUUCCCCAACCUCCAGAGGAUGAGUCAAGCUUGCCAUGCAGUGGAUGAUUCAUCUGUCGUUGGAUUAAAGUAUUUGCUUCUUGGUGCCAUACACAAAUGUCUAGGAAACUCAGAAGACGCUGUUCAGUACUUUCACCGAGCCGUUAAAGAUGAGCUGUGUCGUCAGAAUAACUUAUAUGUUCAGCCAUAUGCUUGCUAUGAACUUGGCUGUCUUCUAUUAGACAAACCAGAGACGGUAGCAAGAGGCAGAACUCUACUUCUUCAAGCAAAGGAGGAUUUCUCUGGCUAUGACUUCGAAAACAGACUGCAUGUCCGCAUCCAUGCCGCUCUGGCCUCUCUGAAGGAAUUGGUUCCUCAGUGACAGACUCGGAGUUCCCGCUCUGUCCCUCCCCACCCAGGUUCUGCACUUUAAAAUAAAAGCAGAGGACACAGCUCUUAUGAAGAUCGGCUUUUCUUCUGAAAACCACCUGUGCCAGGGACACAUUUUCCCAGUUAGGCUGACAUAUUAAAGAUCUCCUCUUUUAAACAUAUAGCUAAAAAGUAAUAAUACUGAUGUUAAUAGUAAUAAUAACUAACCACCUGGGGAGAGGGUUAAGUGACCUUGUUCAAACAUUUUAGUUUUGUGAUUUAUUAUUUUUAAAAUAAAAUCAAACUAAAUAUUCAACCUGUGAUCUUGUAGGAACGCCUAUCUUAAGCACACGUCUGACUGAGAAACACUAAGAGGUACCUGUAAAAUUAUUAACAAUAUCAUGACAUAGCAUUUAUAUUGUGUUUUGAAAAAAUAAAAGUGCUUUCUAGUGUUUUACUUUA